UAGCACACCCCUCGAGCAUUCUCUGUGUCCUUCUUCAUCCACUUCAACUUGUGAAUGAACUGAUGCAAGAAAAGCCAAGGCUUCUCUCUGACCCUCAUCAGCAUCUGCAUGCUCUUGUUUUGGAGAUCGAGAGCUGCAUUAGAGUGUUCUUCCUUGAACCCAUGACAUUGUAGCUUCAAUUGCUUAUAUGCUAUUUCAAUCAUGUAGUUUCAGUUUUGGAUCCAGUCAACCGGAAUCCAUAUAUAUUUUCUUUACAGUGGCUUUUGCCAUUGUUCUUUCAGCGCUUUCCUUCUUCUCAUUUGAUCAAAAGUUGCUUUUGAGAGUAUAUUUUUGACAAAAUGAGCACGAACAUGGAGGAAACGUUCGAGCCUUUUCGCGGAAUCAAGAAUGAUCUUCGAGGGCGAUUGAUGUGCUACAGGCAAGAUUGGACCAGUGGUUUCAGUGCAGGCAUCAGGAUUCUGGCUCCGACUACAUAUAUAUUCUUCGCCUCAGCAAUCCCAGUCAUUUCAUUUGGAGAACAAUUGGAGAGGAACACUAAUGGGGUAUUAACAGCAGUUCAGACUUUGGCAUCAACUGCCCUCUGUGGCAUCAUUCACUCUAUAAUAGGAGGACAGCCUUUGCUGAUUCUUGGAGUGGCAGAACCCACUGUGAUUAUGUACACUUUCAUGUUCAACUUUGCAAAACAAAGGGCUGAUCUAGGCCAGAACAUGUUCCUAGCAUGGACUGGAUGGGUAUGUGUCUGGACCUCGUUGUUGCUAUUUCUGUUAGCCAUUCUAGGAGCAUGUUCCAUAAUCAACCGAUUUACUCGAUUGGCCGGCGAGCUUUUCGGUCUACUGAUUGCAAUGCUCUUUAUGCAACAGGCUAUCAAAGGGCUUGUUGAUGAGUUCAGAGUGCCAAAAAGAGACAGCCCAAGUGCACUAGAAUUUGCACCAUCUUGGAGGUUUGCCAACGGCAUGUUUGCGCUAGUUCUGUCAUUUGGGCUUCUGCUCACUGCGUUAAGAAGCAGGAAGGCACGAUCAUGGCGCUACGGGGCUGGCUGGCUACGAGGUCUCAUCGCCGACUAUGGAGUGCCACUUAUGGUACUUGCAUGGACUGGAGUUUCUUACAUCCCUUCUAAUGGUGUGCCAGAAGGAAUUCCUAGACGACUCUUCAGCCCAAAUCCCUGGUCACCAGGAGCCUAUGAAAACUGGACUGUGAUAAAGGAUAUGUUGAAUGUGCCCUUGAUCUACAUUCUUGGAGCUUUCAUACCAGCCACAAUGAUAGCAGUGUUGUAUUAUUUUGAUCAUAGUGUGGCCUCUCAACUCGCUCAACAGAAGGAGUUCAAUCUCAGAAAGCCGCCAUCAUUCCAUUACGAUUUACUUCUUUUAGGUUUCUUGACCUUGUUAUGUGGUCUUAUUGGAAUUCCACCUUCAAAUGGUGUCAUCCCACAAUCUCCAAUGCACACGAAGAGUUUGGCCACCCUCAAACACCAAUUGCUUCGUAAUCGACUGGUAGCCACUGCACGCCAAAGCAUGAAAAGAAAUUCAAGCUUGACUCAACUGUAUGGAAAUAUGCAGGAAGCUUACAGACAGAUGCAGACACCAUUAAUCUACCAAGAAUCAUCAACACGAGGACUGAAAGAGCUGAAGGAUUCUACAAUUCAGUUGGCUUCGAGCUUGGGGAGCAUGGAUGCACCGGUUGACGAGUCGCAAUUCGACAUCGAUAAAGAAAUCGAUGACCUCCUGCCGGUCGAGGUGAAAGAGCAGCGUCUGAGCAACUUGCUGCAGGCCAUGAUGGUCGGAGCUUGUGUGGCAGCUAUGCCCUUCCUCAAGAAGAUCCCCACCUCUGUUUUAUGGGGAUACUUUGCUUUCAUGGCCAUAGAAAGCCUACCUGGGAACCAGUUCUGGGAAAGGAUUCUCCUUCUGUUCACUGCACCAAGUAGAAGAUACAAAGUGCUCGAGGACUGCCACGCGAGCUUCGUCGAAACAGUGCCUUUCAAGGCAAUCACUACUUUCACCCUCUUCCAAUCCAUGUACUUGCUUGUGUGCUUUGGGAUAACGUGGAUUCCUAUAGCUGGAGUCCUGUUUCCUCCCAUGAUCAUGCUUUUGGUGCCAGUUAGACAGUACAUUCUCCCGAAGCUCUUCAAAGGAGCACAUCUCACGGAUUUAGAUGCAGCUGAAUAUGAUGAACUACCACCCAUCACCUUCAACAUGCAGACGGAGGUUGAUUUGGGAGCAAGGUACUCCUCUGCCGAGAGUAGAGAGGUCCUGGACGAGAUGGUCACCAGAAGCCGCGGCGAGAUUAAGCGUAUGAACAGCCCCAAAGUGACUAGUUCAGGAACUACGCCAGUAACCGACAUGAGGAGCUUCAGCAGUCCUAGGUUAUCAGCAACAGAGAAGGCCUACAGCCCCCGUGUUCGUGAACUUAGGCCAGAGCGUAGUCCUCGAUUGAGUGCCGAAAGGCAAUUCAGUCCGAGGAUGGCAGAAACUAGAUCAUCCAAGUUAGGAGAAGGUUCCAAGUAGAAGGCAUGGAUUCACGAACCCAUUGUGCUACAAGGAUGACAACUUAAUUCCUAAAUGCCUUCUUACCAUAUAAUUGUAGCUUGCCAGUGCUCAAGAUAUGUUUCCAUCUACUAAAUUUCAUCAUUUAUGUGAAAUAGUGUGAGCCUCUCUUCGUAUAGAGGAACUUAUGUAAUUCCUGAGUUUAGCAAAUAACUCGAAGGUUUGCAAACUCUGUUGCUUCGAUAUUAAUUAAAUUAAAUUGUGUAAAAAGUGUA